AUGGCCUCCAUCUCGGCCUCAGAUACACCCGAAUCACCACUCUGGUACCGCGGCACUCUCUUCAAUGCCUGUAUCAUUGGCGGCGUGGGCUUCCUAGCCCCAGGCCUCUGGAAUGCCAUGAACGCCCUCGGAGCAGGCGGUGCCCAAUCUCCGUUUUUGAUCAACGCGGCCAACGCCCUAGUCUUCGGCCUUAUGGGAUUCCUGUGUCUUUUCGGCGGUCCAAUUGCUAACCGCAUUGGUCUGAAUUGGACUUUGAUGCUGGGUGCUGUUGGAUACCCGCUUUACUCUGCCGGACUUUUCUGGGCAUCGGAAGGUGCAGUGGCACUGGGAUACCCCGAGCCAACCAAGAGAGGUCGCUACAUGAACAUCUGGCUUUGGUUCCGCACAGGCGGACCCUUAUUGGGAGGAGCUAUUGUCCUCGGACUGAAUCACUCUGGUGAUGCCCACAGCAAGGGCAAGGUUGGAUCGGAGACGUAUCUGAUUUUCGUCGCGCUGCAGUGCCUGGCUGUUCCUGUGGCUUAUUGGCUCACCCCGCCGAAUAAGGUCCAGCGCAGCGAUGGGAGCAAAGUCAAGAUUGUUUUGCAGGACUCAUGGCGCGCCGAGAUGAAGGAGUUGUGGAAGGUUUGCAAGCGGAGAGAGAUUAUUUUGCUGCUGCCCGUUUUCUGGGCUGCGUACUUUAACCAGUACAGUGGAAACUUCAAGACAUACUACUUUGGUGUUCGAGCUCGUGCUCUGAUGGGCUUCGUCAGCUACUUUGCCAGUCUGCUGUCAUCGGCUAUCAUCAGCAGAUUUUUGGACUACCGUGGACUUUCGGUCAGAAACAGAAUCAAGUACAGUUUCUUCUAUGUCAUUGUCGUCCACAUCGCUGCCUGGGUCUACUGCUGGGUCGUCCAAGAAAAGUACACCAAAAACCCACCCAUGCUUGACUGGGCCGACAAAGGCUUCGUCGAAGGAUUCUUCGUGAUCCUCCUCUGGGAAUUCUCCCAACAAUGUCUCCAAAACUUCCUCUACUACCUCCUCUCCACCAUGACCGACAACAUCUCCGAGCUCUCCCGCCUGUCCGGCAUCCUCCGCGGCCAAGAGAGUUUCUCCCAAGCCGUUUCAUUCGGCAUCAACACCCGCGAGUGGAAAGGCGGACGAGUCCCACUUGCCGUGAACACUAUUCUCCUGGGUCUCGCUAUCUUGCCUACCUGGCUCGUCGUCAAGGACCAUGUUCCCAUCGAACACUCUAAAGAGGCUGCUGAGUCUUCUCAUGCUCAAGACGAGGAACAUUUCGCUCUUGAGGUUUCUGAGAAAGAACCGUAUGUUGUUGGAGAGGCUGUCGCUGCGCGAUGA